AUGACAGUGCAGCUCGGAAAUACCUAUAUAAUGACCACCAGUGAUGAUUCAGAUUCAGUAGACUCCAGUGAGCCGGCGUUCAGGACAAGGCCAGUGUUCGGUGUCUGUCUUCACCGUGUGCGGAAUGCAGGACAGAUGCGGCAGGGUGUCCCAGCAGUGCUCAUGCAGAUGGUGGAGUUUCUGGAACAAUAUGGUCUCCGUCAGAGUGAGUUGUUCAGUGUCAGUGGGUCAGAAGCACAGCGUGAUGCGCUGAGGCAGCGUCUGGAUUGCGGAGAGAUUCAGUUUUUUAGCAGAGAUGAUGUUCACGCUGUUGCAUCUCUGCUGAUCCUCUUCCUGAAAGAACUGCCACAUGGACUCAUCCCAGAUAAGGACGCCAAGCGGCUGUUGAGAGUGUUUGCAAAAACCAGAGGGGAGGGUUUGAAUCUCAGACGUGCAAAGAAGGUCCUGGAGAGUUACCCACCUGACACCUUCAACAUCCUAUCCCUGCUCUUCCACUUCCUGUCUCGAGUCGCUGCUCAAAGUCACGUCAACCACAUGACAUCAGAGCAACUGGCAAAGGUUUUUGGACCCUGCAUCUUUCAUGUUCCUGAUAGCUGCAUGAAGCUGGUGGAACUGGAGUUGUGUGUCUAUCUGACACAGCACCUUAUAGACAGCGUUACGCUCCUGCUUCCCAACAUGUAUCCUCCAAAACCCAGAGGAGUGCUGCUCUGCACUGGUCAAAGGCCUACUGUGGACGAGCAUUAA